CGCCUACCCGCGGGUGAACAGUGCGCGCUCCGGCCCUCAGCGGGGACUGGGACGUCAGGUCCCCGGCCCCGCCGCUCCCCACGAUGAGGAAGUUGAGGCUCAGAGAAGGAAAGUGGUAACACUCACGUCCUGUGAUCGCCUGUGAUCUCCUGUGAUCGCAGUCCAGGAACCAGGUGGCCAGCCGCCAGGCCCAUGCCGUGAGGCCCGGAGGUGCCCCGCCGCCACCAGCAUGCCUUGGGAUGCAAGGCGGCCCGGGGGCGGCGCGGACGGCGGGCCCGAGGGCGCGGGCGCGGCGCGCUCCCAGGCGCAGAAGCAGUGUCGCAAGUCGUCGUUCGCCUUCUACCAGGCCGUUCGCGACCUGCUGCCCGUGUGGCUGCUCGAGGACAUGCGCGCCAGCGAGGCCUUCCACUGGGACGAGCGCGGCCGCGCCGCCGCCUACUCGCCCUCCGAGGCGCUGCUCUACGCGCUCGUGCACGACCACCAGGCGUACGCGCACUACCUGCUGGCCACUGAGGCCAAUAUGGGGAUGGGGUUUGGGGUGCUGGUCACCGCCAUCUCGCCCGGACGCUUCCCCGAGGCCCUGGACGAGCUGCCGCUGCCGCCCUUCCUGCAGCCGCUGGACCUCACGGGCAAGGGCUAGACCCUGGGGGGGGUGGGGGGCGUCCCCCUGGGCGCUGGAUUUUUGGAAAAUCUAUUUUUCAGAGGUUGUACCCAGCACUUUACAUAUAUUGAUCUCUGUACAGGA